UUAUCUAGACUAAUCAAUCGCCACUCUUCUAUGAAUAUGAAACAGCCAAAGAGCCCAUGGGGUUAAUUAUGGGUUUAGUAAGUUAUUUGGGCUUUUGGGCCUUUCGGCCCAUUUUCUCGCCAUUCAUGCCACCAAGGUCCAAGAGAUUUUCCGCCUUUCAUUUUUCAUAAUAGGUCAAUCGACGGAGCUUAUCUUUUGCCGUCGGGAUUUGGAUAAAAUUACAGCAAAUGCCAACCGCAUCAUUCCCCUUUAGAACUUUCCGAUAUGUUCGAUGGGCAAAAUGGGAAAUUAUGAUAACCCUGCUCCUGAGCUUUCGAAAUCCCUAAUUCCAGAGAAGCGCCGAAGAUUGAAAAAUAAUUAAGCUUGAAAUCUCCGAAAUUCGUACAAAUCCCACCACUCUUUCACUUCACUCUCCACUUGGAUUUUAUCGGAUUGGUUGAAUUUUCUUUCAAUUUCUCAUCUUUUUGUCUGGGUUUUGGAGAAGAAGAUGAAGGCGUCGCUCAAGUUCCGGGACGAGCAGAAGCCUCUGUUCAGAGCAAAAGUGCCUCUGAGCAUCUUGGGUUUGCCGUUUCAAUCGGGGAUUGUCGCCGGAGAAUCCAAGGAACUCAGUCUGAAUCUUUCCACCUUUUUCGAAUCUGGGCCUGCUGUCAAAAUCGCCUACCGUCCCAACGAUACGUGGAACCCUUUCUCUCUCAUCGUCAAGACCGGGACAGGCUCGUUUGGUUCGCCCAUCUCGAGCUCCAUGGUCAUGAGCGCCGAGUUUAAUCUUCUGGGCAAGGGGAAUCCUAGCUUCAUGCUUCACUUUAAGCCCCAGUUCGGCGAUUUCUCUGUCAAGAAAUCGUAUUCGUCCGUCUUCGAUCGGAAUCUGAUUAAAUCGAUCAAUGGAGCCGUGUCGGAGGAGGAUUCGUCGAUCGAGGUGGUUGAUUCCCCGGCGGUCAACGGAUGCGGUGGCGCGUUCAAAAAGGUUACGGUUUUGCCGUCCACGACUGCCGGAGACAUCGCCGGGUUGAUCUCCGGCGUCGAAGUAGCGGCGAGGUCGUCGCUACCGGUGAGAGGACGUGCCGUCUUGAAUUUCCGAUGGGGGGUUAGGGUCCCUUUGGAGAUCAGGCACGAUCUCGAUCCAACGGCUGAGAUUUCUCUGCGGAGAUUUCCUUUCCUGGUGAUGAACAAAAUAGGAAUCGAACACGUGGAUGGCCCAAUCGCCAAAGAAUCCAAACCCCCGAACGACCCGGGUAAGGUCUCGGGUCCGGGUCCGGGUCCGGGUCAGCGGGGAAAUACUGACGUGACGGAGGUGUGCUUGGCCGUCAACCGGCAGCUAGAGGCGCUGCAAUCGGAGAAUGGGCAGCUAAAGAGAGCCGUGGAGGAUCUCCGGAGAGAGAUAUCAAACGGUCGGCCAUUUUCUCCGGCGACGAUGGAUUUCGGGUCGUCGAAGUUCAGGGAAUCGGAGAGGAGCGAUGGUAAUUCGAGGGUCGAUCGGAGGAACAACGAGAAGAAGGCGACGUCGGAUUAUGGCGGGAAAAGGAAUCCGGCGGAGAGGGACGUGACGGAGGAGCUGAAGAAAGCCUUAAAGGGAGCUGCUUGAACUUGAAGCUCCAUUGACGCCGUGAUGAAGCUAAGGCUUUAGUUAUAUAGCUUCUUCAUUUUUAAGAUCGACAAUGGCUCUGUACUUAUGGGUUGCAGUUUAUGGUUUCUGAAACUCUGCAGAAUGGUAAUUCAGUGGAAAUAUCCAGUUUUCGGCAAA